GAAAAAAAAAAGAUAAGAAAUGAAAUAUUGCAUGGAAAAAAAUUGUCGAUUGGUGAAAGUCUUAAAAAAGAGUUUUCGAUAAUCGUUCGAACAACAAUCUCAAUGAAUUUGUUAAGUGCGUCACAAGAAUGUAAAGUUUGAGUUAUAUCUGAUAACAGUUGAUUGAUAUUCAUUACUGGAGCAAGUUUAAAGUUUACAAUAUAAAAUAAAAAGAGAUGACAUUACGUCAGCAUUAUUGAAACGAUAUGAAAAGAAGAGUAAUUCAACUUCUCUGGCAAGGAAUUACUCAAAGAAAAAUCACUGGGUACACUCAAAGCAUCAUUAGUUAUCUGAUAAAGAAGUACAAUGAAACUGGCAGCAUAUCUAAUCGUAAAAGAUGUGGCUGUAGUCGUUCAAUGAGACAACAGAAAAUUGCAUGCAAUUCUUAAAGAUAUGAAACGUGCUACUUCAAAACGGAUUAAUAAGAAGUGGGCACAGAAUGUUUGUGAUAGUACCGUUAGAAAUCGAUUAAUCGAUUAAAUAUUCUUUCCUCGCGAAAGAACAUAAAAAGAAACGGUUAUUAUGGUGUAAAAAAUAUGUAAAUUGGAUAAUGGAGGAUUGGUCGAAUGUGAUUUUCAACGACGAAUCACGUACAUAUAUAUAAGUAUUGGAGCUACCAAUGACGUAAGAACAUUUGUUUGACGAAGAUCUGAUAAAAAUUUUCGCGAAAAAUGUUUAAAUUUAAAAUAGAAAGAAAAAAUAUUUAAAUAUUUUGAGAUUCGGAAUAUUAUUUUUCUUUUUUUUUAAAGAUAAUGUUAGCUGACUUUAUGAGAGUAAAGUAGUAAAAAAUUUUUUACAAUUUUUAACAAAAGAUUGCCUGCAUACAGCCACGAUUUAAAAAACUAAUUCUAAACUUAUGGACAAAAUUAAAGAAAUCAGUUCAUUAAAAAAAACCAUGAAAUAAAGACGAAGUUUGAGAAACUAUAAAAUUAUUGGAGAAAAAAAUUUUAUUCGCGGAUUGUAAAAAUCUAAUUUCUUUCAUCAAAGUUAAGAUAUUAAAGAUAUCAUACGCACACGAGGAGAUAUAACAAAAUAUUAAUGAAAUGUUGUUUCUUCAAAAAUUUUAAUAUCAAUAAAGAGUUUGAUCAAUUUUAUUCCCAAGCAACGUUUCGUUUAUUCAUUUCUUUCUUUUCAAUAAUAAAUAUUAAUUUUUGACAUACUGUUAUUACUUAUCUAAAUGUUCUUUACUUUUAACAACAAUAGUUACAACAACAUAAAAUAAUAUUUUAUAAUUAUAAAACAUAAAUGAUUCUCAGUCGAUUUCACAUUAGUAAGAAUGAGUCUGAUCGGAAACUUUUUGCCAAAUUUGUAAAUAUUGUUAGUAUUAUAAUACGCAACACGUGCGGCUACUCGCCAUAUUGAAAUCUCCCAGCAUGAUUAUUAGCAACCCUUGAUCGAUAGAUCUCCUUUCGUUUCUUACAUUUCUUUUUUUUUUUUUACUUUUCACUACUAUCAACGCAAGAAUAGGAUCUAUCUCUUACAUAAUGCAACAAAAUAAUUGCUACUUCGAAGUGUAUAACUAUAACUGCAAUUAAAAUAGAUUGCAUAUAAGUGAUCGGUUAAUAGAUUAAUUGGCACGCCUUUCGACUUGACUCGAAAUGUCGAUCGAAAAACAUUGACAGUUCUCUAAACUUCUAAGAUGAAGAGCACGAUUCUAAUAAUUUUUCUUCACUCUUGUUUGAGCUCCUUGCCGGAAGUUUUUUCCUCUAGUAUUUUCGGAGGAAGUGUUAAGAACCGUACCAUGAAGCCAAGAGUCGUAUUGCCAGAUAAUUACGUGAAAGAGAUCCGACCACCAUCGAAGAAGGGUGUCCCAGUGACAGUUGACUUCAGUAUUUUUGUCGUGGACAUAAAUUCGAUUAACGUCGAGGAUAUGGAUUUUAGAGUCGACAUGUUCGUUCGUCAAAGCUGGACCGAAUCACGACUUUAUAUGCUCGAUGAUAUCUUCGAGGAAGGAGACGAUUAUGUUAUCUUUCCAGCAGAAUUCUACGAUAAUCUUUGGCAGCCCGAUCCUUAUUUUUUGAAUUCAAAAGUCUCCGAGAUCGCUACCUUAAACCACAAAUUCUCAUCGGUCACACUGUACAGAAAUAAAACCGUCCGAUAUUCCGCGCGAAUGCACGCGAUUAUAGCGUGUCAAAUGGAAUUCCAGCUUUAUCCCAUGGACAUACAAGUCUGUCCCAUCUAUGUGGAAAGUUUUUCUUACAAUAGUCAAAAGUUACGAUUGAGAUGGGACGAUAGCGGUGUAACGGUGAAUCCUGAGUUAAAAUUGUUACAAUAUAAUAUAGGGAAACCGGUUGUAUUCGAAGAGACUACUAUAAUGGAAAAAAAUGGAAAUUUCUCAAGGUUGGUGGUUUUGUUCCGAUUUGAGAGACAAAUCGGACAUCAUCUGAUACAAACGUUUGCUCCAUCGACGUUAGUCGUGAUGUUCUCCUGGUUCAGCUUUUGGUUGGAUUUGGAUGCUAUACCCGGACGUGUAGCUCUUUUGGUAACGAGUAUGCUUACUUUGGUGACCAUGUUCACUGGCUUGAAAAGUGACAUACCUCCGGUUGCGUAUGUGAAAGCACUCGAUGUUUGGAUGGCUGGUUGCAUGAUGUUCGUAUUUGCUGCUCUGGGAGAAUUUGUGGUAGUCAAAGUGCUUGAUUUGCGCUAUCAAUUUGUAAACGAUAUACAAUCGUCAAUUGAACCUCAGAGCUUUCAAACGCGAUUAGUUAUGAUGGAUAAAAGCCAAAAUUCAGGAUUCUGGGAUUAUGAUACCAUAUAUGUAACAAAAUCAAAGAACAAUCGAGCAGGCAGCAAACAUCUUUUACAAACAUGGCUUGAUCUUGAAACAUCGUCUCUAUUUCCUCAUCGAACACGAUCGCAACAAAUAGAUCGUUAUAGCAGGGUUGGAUUUCCCAUUCUUUUUCUUUUAUUCGUCGUUUUAUAUUGGCCUAUACUUUUGCUCAAGAAAGCAGCAUAAUAAGUAAGUUUAUUUAAUGUAAUGUCAAUCAACUCUUUUCAGUAUUAAUUGACUUUGUUUUGGCACACUUAGCAUAUGUCCAUGUUGUUAAGAUUGCAAUCUGUAUAAACAUAUCUCUAUGUGAAUUUUUGAUUAUUACAUAUAGUCUAAUAAUAUAAUAUAUACGUAACGUGGUCUACAUAACGCUGAAUUUUGUUAAAUAAAAUAUAUA